GUUUCCUUGGCGACCGGGCGGAAGCCGGAAGCUGCGCUGYGGUUGGCCCCAGCGGCCCGGAGGAGCUGGGGGCGGAGCCCGAGGAGGAAAGUGGCGGCGGCGAGGAAGAGGACUGGCCCCGGCCAUGGAGCUGGCGGACGCGGGGGCGGCUGGCUCUUCGCAGGCAGUUCAUGAUCAAGUGGUGCCAACACAAAAUUCUUCAUCCAGAGUCAUMAUACAUGUGGAUCUGGAUUGCUUUUAUGCACAAGUAGAAAUGAUCUCAAACCCAGAAUUAAAGGACAAACCUUUAGGUGUUCAGCAGAAAUAUUUGGUGGUUACUUGCAACUAUGAAGCCAGGAAACUUGGAGUUACAAAACUUAUGAAUGUCAGAGAUGCAAAAGAAAAAUGUCCACAACUUGUAUUGGUUAAUGGAGAAGACUUGACCCGUUAUAGGGAGAUGUCUUAUAAGGUUACAGAAUUGUUGGAAGAAUUUAGUCCAGUUGUUGAGAGACUUGGAUUUGAUGAAAAUUUUGUGGAUCUAACAGAAAUAGUUGAAAAGAAACUCCAGCAACUUCAAAGUGAUGAACUUUCUGCAUUGACUGUGUCAGGUCAUGUAUAUAAUAAUCAGCCUAUAAACCUGCAUGACAUCAUGCACAUCAGACUACUAGUUGGAUCUCAGAUUGCAGCAGAAAUUCGGGAAGCCAUGUAUAAUCAGUUGGGGCUCACUGGAUGCGCUGGAGUGGCUUGUAAUAAACUAUUGGCAAAAUUAGUUUCUGGUGUUUUUAAACCAAAUCAACAAACAGUCUUGUUACCUGAAAGUUGUCAAGAUCUCAUUUAUAGUUUGAACCAUAUAAAGAAAAUGCCUGGUAUUGGCUAUAAAACUGCCAAACGCCUUGAAGCACUGGGAAUCCAUAGUGUGCAAGAUCUCCAAACCUUUUCAUCUAAAAUAUUAGAAAAGGAAUUAGGAAUUUCAGUUGCUCAGCGUAUUCAGAAGCUCAGUUUUGGAGAGGAUAACUCUCCUGUGACACCUUCAGGACCACCUCAGUCCUUUAGUGAAGAAGAUUCAUUUAAAAAAUGUUCAUCAGAAGUCGAAGCUAAAAAAAAGAUUGAAGAACUACUUGCUAACCUUUUGAACAGAGUAUCCCGAGAUGGAAGGAAACCCCAYACAAUAAGAUUAGUAAUCCGUCGGUAUUCAUCAGAGAAGUACUGUUGUCGAGAGAGUCGUCAGUGCCCUAUUCCAUCCCAUGUAAUUCAGAAGUUAGGGGCAGGAAAUUAUGAUGUGAUGACACCAAUGGUGGAUAUACUUAUGAAACUUUUUCGAAAUAUGGUGAAUGUGAAAAUGCCCUUUCACCUUACCCUUUUAAGUGUGUGCCUCUGCAACCUUAAAGCACUAAAUACCACUAAGAAAGGGCCCAUGGAUUAUUAUUUAACAUCCKCAUUGUCAACAACGUCAUGUUCUGGCAAGCGCAGUUCUAAAAUAAAAGAGAGUCAUAUGGAAGAUAUUUCCAAAGACAAAGAAACAAACUGGGAUUUUCUACCAAGUGGAAGAAUUGAAAGUACAAGAACUGGCGAGUCUYCAAUAGAAACUACAGAUUUUUCUAAAGAAAAAGAUGUGAAUGAAUUCCCACUCUGUUCACUUCCUGAGGGUGUUGACCAAGAAGUCUUCAAGCAGCUUCCAGUAGAUAUUCAGGAAGAAAUCCUUUCUGGAAAAUUUAGAGAAAAAUUUCAAGGGAAAGGAAGUUUAAGUUGUCCAUUACAUGCCUCCAGAGGAGUAUUAUCUUUCUUUUCUACAAAACAAAUGCAAGAUAGAUCCUUAAAUUCUAGAGAUAAUUUAUCCAGUAACAAUCAGGUACAGUCUGUGUCUCCUUGUGAACCAGGAACAUCAGGCUUAAGUAGCAGUAGUUCCUCUUACCUGUCUAGCCCAAAGGAUUAUUCAUAUUAUAUAGAUAAUCAAUUAAAAGAUGAACAAAUGAGUCAAGGACCUAAAGAAUCUGAAGGAUUCCACUUCUCAAAUACAAAGCCUGUUGUUUCUGCUUUCCAUUCAUUUCCAAAUUUGCAGAGUGAUCAACUUUUUUCCAAAMGCUGUGCUACAGGUAGUCAUAAGCAAACAACAACAACAGCCUCUUGUCAAGGAUCCACAGAAAAUAGAGAGCAAGAUUCUGCUGAUGAGAAGAUUAUUUUUCCAUCUGUCAUUGAUCCUCAAGUAUUCUAUGAACUUCCAGAAGAGGUACAAAAAGAACUGUUGGCUGAGUGGAGGAGACCUGGAUCAGAUUUCCACAUUGUACAUAAGUAAGCAUGUUCAGAGAAAGGACUACAAAAUCAAAGAAAGUAUCAUUGUCCUCAGAUUAGCAGUUUAUUAAGCUCUUCUAAAUUAAACACUAAUAAUAAUGUAGAAGUCCAGUGUAAAAUGUUCAGGUAAAGCAAGAGUGGUUACAGGAAGUAAAUUCCAGCACAAAACAUAAAAAUCCUCUUAACAGAAGCAAUAAUGUAAAAAUAUUAUCUUUCUCUUAUUUCCACAGCUAUUUUAUGUUGCUUUUCAAUAAAAGGAAUAUCAUGGUCA